GUGCAGAAGAGUGUGUGUGUAUGCGAGUGGAUAUAAUAUCACAUACCUGUCCCUGUCACUCUGGCUCUCCUUGCAGCUCUCGGAAUUAAAUCGAGAUUUGUUUUUUCCCCUUCGAAAGAAAAAAACUUAAACUUUCUUGAGCGAUGGGUUUAUUUUAAGAAGAUUAAAGCCGUUUGUGAGUGUCGCUUUAAGUGAUUUAAUUUCGAAAGCAACACAGUUCCUGUAAACCCUGCCACGCUUGUAUAUAGGCUAGCCUACUUCAAUCUACCGGACAAUUUAGUUUCCUUUAUUUUUUUCUUCCCGUCUUAAUUUAUGCCUCCGUUUUUGUGAUCUUCGCUGAGGAAGUCAAAGCUGUCUGCGAGCCCUGCGUAAAUCGUUUGCGUUAUCCAUGACCUCUAUGAAGGAUCCGUUGAGUUUGGACCACCAUCACCACAUUAUCGGAAGUAAACACACGCCGCUUACGAUGGCCUCUAGUCUGCAGCCGCUCCAGCGGUCUGUGGACUCGAAGCACAAACUGGAGGUGCACACGGUAUCAGACACCUCCAGUCCAGAGUCCGUAGAGAAAGAAAAGGGACAAAGUAAAAAUGAAGAUUCGUCCGAUGACCCGUCGAAAAAGAAGAGGCAGAGGCGGCAACGAACGCAUUUUACUAGCCAACAGCUCCAGGAAUUGGAGGCCACUUUUCAGCGGAACCGCUACCCGGACAUGUCCACUAGAGAAGAGAUCGCCGUUUGGACAAAUUUAACUGAGGCCAGAGUCAGAGUGUGGUUCAAGAACCGGCGGGCAAAGUGGAGGAAAAGGGAGAGGAACCAACAGGCCGAGCUGUGCAAAAAUGGUUUCGGCCCGCAAUUUAAUGGACUUAUGCAGCCCUACGAUGACAUGUACCCAAGCUAUACCUACAACAACUGGGCGGCAAAGGGGCUCACGUCGGCCUCUCUGUCUACCAAAAGCUUCCCCUUUUUUAAUUCCAUGAACGUAAAUCCGCUGUCCUCUCAAGCCAUGUUCUCCCCACCUAACUCCAUUUCUUCAAUGAGCAUGUCCUCUAGUAUGGUUCCGUCUGCUGUCACCGGCGUGCACGGAUCAAGCUUAAACAGUCUCAAUAACUUGAAUAACCUCAGCAACCCCUCUCUAAAUUCUGGAGUUCCUACGCCGGCGUGCCCUUACGCCCCACCGACACCUCCGUAUGUUUACCGGGACACUUGUAACUCCAGCCUUGCUAGUCUGAGACUGAAAGCCAAGCAGCACUCGAGUUUUGGAUACGCGAGUGUGCAGAACCCAGCCUCCAAUCUCAGCGCGUGCCAGUACGCAGUGGAUAGACCGGUGUAAGAGACGAUUGCAAAGUUUACAUCUCGAAUCCCAGGAACGAAAGACUACAUUUUUUGUUUGUUUAAAGGGCACUACAAGAUUAAACCACUGAAACACGUCAAAUCCUGUGAUGGAAUGUCGGUCGGAAACGGAAGCAAUCGUGCCAUUUCUAAUAAGAUUUGUGCUUUACACUAGCAAGUGUAGACCGUAUGAUGAUAUUUAAAAACCUUUAUUUUGACGUUUUGAUUUUUUGGACAUUAAUUGACUGAACGGUUGUAUAUAGACUAUAUAUAUCUUAAUAUCAUCUCCAGUUUGUAGAGGCGAAAGCUCUGACUCUUACUGCAUUUUCAGAAAAAAAAUCAGUUUAACAACAGCAUGUGGAAAAACGUACCGGAAUCAUGUCUUGCUUGCGAACAAGGGAAUGUACAUACUAAACGCACCAGUCGUGUGUUAUAUUAUAAAUUUAUUAUUAAAUGUCUGUGUGAAUAUAAAUCUAGAAUAGCAACUUGGGUAAUUAUACGCAAAUGUUUCUGCGAAAUGGACUUGGUUUUACUCUGUGUAUACUAUUUGGUACGAAUUUUUGUUUCGUUUUUCAACAUCCCAAAAAUAAACUAUUGUGUUUUAUUUAAUGGAAGUAAAUAUAUUGUUCCAAAACAUUUCAAAACGUUUUCCUGACAAUUAUUGACCUCUCAUAAUUUCGUCUGGUUACAGGUAUUGCCGUUACGCGGAUAACACACGGGUUGGUUUGUGGGUUUAAGCAUUUCUAAAGUUUAUAUAGAGGGAGGAAAAAGGCCAUCUAAUACACAUAAACGCGACAUGAGAAGUCCGGUAAGGAGGGCGAGAUGUCCCGAGCAGAUUAAAAGAGUCGAAUAUACAAGACUGACUGAGUCUGGGCCUCCAAUGAUCAGCGACGCCUGAAAUAACAUUGCAAUAAGAUCAGUGAGACCUGGACCACACAACACUGAGCCAUCUUCCAGCUAAACUCGUUUUAAGCAAAUAAAAUAUAAAGUGAUACAUGACGAUCCAACACCAAGAGAUCAGACCGUGUGGAAAAUAAGGCUCAUGCAUGCGCAAAUAAAUUAUGCAUUACCUCUAAUAUAAAGAGGCACCCCACUGUGCAAACACAACUGUGUAUUUUUAUCAGGUUGACAGUAUGCCUGUUUUCACAUAUAAUUAAACUGACCGAGUGUCAAUGGACUGCCUGUUUGUAAACAAAGAAAGCUCGCAGCAUCAAAUUAAUUGAAAAUGCUUGCCAAUAAACAAAGAGUGAUAACGAUGAUGGCGAAAUGACCCAUGUAAAUGUAAAUUAUAUUAGUAAAACAAUAUAUGUUUUACUAAUAUAAAACAAUUCCUAUUGUAAAGUGACAAGCGUGUUCAUUUGAAUUAACAUCUCAUUCAUUAGAUUCUCGGGAAAUAUUCUACAGCCAUUCUGUGAGGUCUCGACUGGUGAUCUUCGUCGUCCACCAUUAACUACAAUGAAGCAUACAGAGACUUUUAUUUAUAGAAGAGUAUUCACAAAGUCAGGUAUGCAGCAGAGACAAAGGUGUUUGCUAAUAUGUAUCUAUCCAUGAAAGUCAUGUCACAGCGCGUACCGAAUACAAUGAGUGAACAUUUACCUUGGUGUCAUGCUGCAAAAUGCUGGAAUACAGACAUGCUGUGUAAUAUGUUCACUGAAUGUCAAAACUGAUUGCAUCAAAAUGUUCAUUGCGCUCAUAAAGUGAUGAUAAACGAGACAGAACAAGCGUGCAGGCAACUAUAAAAUACAGUGCCGGAUUACUGUUAAUUAUUUGAGAACGUAUUAAUUAUGUCUAUUAAAUAAAAGUGAAACAUCUGAGCAAUUUUACGCGCCCAUUAAGAAAACAAAUGUUUGUCAGAAAUCCAGAUCAUAAAUAAUCCCUUUUCAAGUGGAUUCUCCCAGUUAAGAGCUUUCAAUCUAACCAGGCCUAAAUUAUUCAUUCCCAGCAACAUCACGGUCUGGGCUCCCAAUACACAUCUCAAUAAACACUGAGAGCGGGGGGCCCACGGGAGCAAUACUGAACCGCUUCAGAGGAACCCUUCAGUCGAUCCAAAUACAGCCGAGAAAGCUUCUCCUUCUAUUCUUAAGACUGCAUUAAAGGUAAGGCAUUUUGAUGCACAUUAUCUGCAAAAAAACCUAAAAAACAUGCCCUUGCAUGGCUGAGAGAAGGGCCAAAAGUUUUCAUUCAUUUGUAAUUCGAGUUUUCUUUUUAGCGCAGACUAUUGUCUUUCCAUGUCCUUGUUGAUUUUAUGUGCUGAGACAAAAAUACCUUCCAUCGUUUCACUUUUGACUUUGUGAUAAAAAAGCUUGUAUUGAAUUGUGUGCUAUUUGAAAGGUCUUCACAAAUGUCACUCAACAGGCGUCAGUAUGGCGCGCUGUUAUUUUGUGUUGUUUGUUAUUAUCCUUCUUUGUGCACGCAUGAUUUUGUAAGAAUUGCUGUUAAUCGGGAUGAAUGAAAUAUAUUUAUUUUGUCUUAUUUUUGUAUUUUUGUUCAUAAUUACUAUGCUCCUCAAGUCUUUUCAAAACAAUGUAAAAUACUUGUAUGAAUUUCAAUGCGUUUCUUUAGCGUCUGUUAGAAUCAGUUAUUUCCCCAACUAUUUGUUAUUGUAUUAAUGUAACAUAGCUGUGACAAUUUCUAUAAUCAUGAUCAAUUCUUUGUAUUCAAUUGUAGUAUGUCCGUUCAUACGGUUAAAAUGCAUCGGGAGAUCUUAUUUGUGCAUUUUAAUAAAUAGAUGGCGGUAAUAAAUAAUACCUUUACAAAUGUCCACAAUAGGAAAUAAUUGUGGAUUAGUCCAAUUCAGAUUUCACCUGUUAGUUUAAUUGUACAUGUUAAGUUAUUGUUUACCAUGAUGGUUAGUUAGCUUGUGUGAACGAAUUUAUAAAUAAACGCGAA